CGAUGUUUUUCUUCUUUAGUGACGACCUCAAAAGAAAAUUGAAGGUGCUGCGAGGUACACAAAAAGAUCGUUGUAGACUGUACUUUCACCGAUUUUCUUUCUUGCUUACUUGAUAAACCACACGAUUAGCUGCUUACUUUUACAUUACAUUAGGUAAACCGUUUAGCAAGACGUUCAUUAGUUAUCAUAGUUAGUAUUAAAGAUAGUCAACACAGAAAUAAUACGCGCAUGGUCAUGGUAAAACACAAUGCCUCUAUCAACUUGUUGAUGUUUGUUGUCAGUGUUGUUAAAUCGUUGUAGAAAGUGAACGUUUUGGUGUAUGAAGCUACAGAAUAACUUGUACUAGUAAAUUAAAAUACUCUCUAUCAAUUAGUGCAACAAGUUUGAUUGUUUGUAAUAAUUGUACUGCAAUUUAUAAUCCGCGAGAAACAUACACAAUUAUAAAACCAAAAGUGUUUAUUAUUUUAAAGGAUCCUCAUCUUUUUGACUGAACUUUUCUUUUCAAAAAGAUGCCUUUUGAUAACAUUUACUGGAACCCCUCCGAAUACGAAUACGAGGAACCUUUAAGCACCUUUUCAAAGAGUUACGUCGACCCAUGGGAUCUAGAAAAUUACGCUUAUAUCAAACAAUAUUUGGGUUCUUCUGAUGGCAGUUCUGAAGAAAGCAGUUUCGGGGAUUCCACGGCUGACAAAUCUCCUCCGCCCAUACCGGUCAGGAGCAGGGUUAGAAAAUCGUUGAGCGAACCUUUGUUCUCCGAAAGAAACAACGUAUUCAAAUACGGAAAUGACAACAGGUUUAUUAAAAGGAUACCUGGAAGGAAAGACAGGGAAACAGAAGAUCUAUACGGGGUUGUAGAUUUUGAUACAGAAUCAGACAACAGUUUUACAUUUUUAAGUAACAGACGGGAGUUACCAAACAAAAAUUCACCCAUGUACCCAUCGAGAGAUCGAAGUUCAAGUUAUAGUCUUGGAGACCAGGAAUAUGAUCGGUACCUUCCUGUAAACGACGUUUACACUAGAUUAAACGAUAUGGUGGCAGAUUCUGAUAAAACUAUACCAAUAUAUGAUGAUGUGAGGCAUUCAAAGCCACAUUUUCGAUUAAGUAAAUGCGGUCAUCUACAAAUUGACUAUUCUUGGAGCUGGAACAACUUGGACAAAUAUAUUUAUAAUUAAUUAGCAUUUAUAAGUGCAAAUUUUACUGCAUAGUUGUAAUAUUGUUGUUAUUCAAAACACUGGAUUCAAAAGAAUGUAUUUUUACGAUUUUGUUAU